AGUGAUUGCUUGCUUUCUUCCACCAUGGGAGCAUCGUGCUGUUCCUCGUCUACUAUACCCGAGGGCCCCACGGACGCUUCAGUGGAGGAUGCACUAGGGACUGAUUCACAAGUUUAUAGAGAUACAUCGUCAUCUAGGGCUGUGGUUAUAGGCAGCGAUGCGCCCACGUUUGGAGAUGAGAUAAGCUCACGUAUGUUGGUCGAUAGCGAGCCGUUCGAACAACCUGUCUCGCCUAUCAUUCAAUCGGGAGGAACUGCCGCCUUUUAUAGAGUCAAGUACCGUGAUGGUUACUCUGGUCACAGGGCAGUGCACUAUUGGAUCGGCAAGGAUCUUUCGAGAGCUGCUGAUGAAGUUGAUUUUUACGAUGAGAUCAAUGCGCUGAGAAAAACAGAGAAUGCGGCUGAUGAGAGUUCCAAGUCGUGGGGAAUCAGCGAUUACAUGCUAGAAUAUGCUGGCGUCUGCCGUCUCCGUGUAAGGCGUCCAGUGAAAGCCUCGAGUGAUGCGAGUGGUAGUGCCAAUGGCAAGUCGCCUGUGAGCGCAGCUGAAGUGAUUGAGGAACGAGACCUCAUCUUAAUACGGAAUCUGCAUGACGGUUUCAAGCACUUGAGGUUACUUGAUAUUAAAAUGGGCGAAGUCACUGCUGUUGCGGGCUGGCAGGGGAAGAGUCGUUUCCGAGCUUGGAGGGGUCAUCGGAUUGAUAAGCACACGAAUUCACAAGUGGAGGGAUUCCGUCUGGAAGGCUUUGGGGGUGCACCGUGGAGCUUGGAGAGUAUGGAUCCGAGUGCGGCACUGAAAAUGUACAAGAGUCAAGCCCGACGACUACAGUACCAGCGCCUGAGUGCGCAAGACUUCCUCACAUUUUUUCUAGACAUGCGUCAUGCUUAUUCUCCUGAUGGUCCUCUAUGCGAAUCGCGCACGCCCGAGGAGUUUAUCGAGCUUGUUUUGCUUCAAAUACUACGGAAGCUUUGCAAAAUCUGUGCUGCACUUAGCGAGGUAAAGAUACCACAGAUGUGGGUGGGCAGUAGUGUCGCCCUUGGAUUCGAUGCGGAUGGGUUCGACUCUCUGGGGACACCGAAUACUCAAGUGGUCCUCUUCGACUGGGGUCGAUCGGAGUUGAACACACCGGCAAAGCACGCCAAGUUGGGCCUUGAGGAACAGCAUAAAAGAACUAAAUACUGGAACCACUACCUCUGUGCUGUUCAUCGUCUCUUUUACGAGACUGCUCGAGUGUACUACGGCAGAUAUUUAGCAGAAAAAUGGCGGAGCGUAGUUUUUGAAGUGUGGGAUUACGAUUCAAUCACAGAGAACGACUUUGUGGGACGAGUGGCUAUUCCGGUCGACUUGUCGUCAUUGUCGACUGAAGUCUUUACGAGCUACGUCCUCUUCCUCAUGGAUUGCGACAACGAUGAUUUUCUAACGAGGAAUUCGCGUGGGGAAGCCUCACUCCUUUACGUCAGUUUAAAGCGAAUCGAAUAUGCUGAGCAGUCGAGGUUUGAGGAGGGUCUUUUGGUGAGGGUCGAGAAGGCCCGGAAUCUGCCCAUCAAGGACUACAUAGGAAGCUGCGAUGCGGCUGUUACCGUUGCUGUCACCGACUUGCCUAUAGAGAAUCCUGCCACUUUACCUCAGUGUGUUGUGGAAGAAAUACGCAGUGGGAAAUGCCCUUCCGAAGCGACUGGUCAUUCCUUCCCUGCGUUGGGUUCUGCAUCGUCGGCCAGUAAUUGUCAAUGCCUCCAGCAGACCUCGGUCGUCACUGACUCGCUGGAUCCAAUUUGGGGUGGCUCGAAAGGAUUGGGGGAACUCUUUGAAUUCGCCAUUACGAGAGUUGACGAGGCUACCGGCAAGGACUUCCUGCAAGCGAUAACAGGUGGCGAGGUAACGGCCUUCGAUCGGGCAUUCUGUGAUGGACUUUUCCCGAUAAGUGGUGGUGACAUUGACACCGGCGGGGCUUAUCAAGAUUUUGUCCGGAAUUUUGUGCCGACUACCUGUGGGGACAUUUCCUCGCCAUCCGCGUGCUGAGUUGCUUGCUGGGCAUUUUAUUCUCCAUGUAUUGUUUUCCUAUUGCUUCUUCGACUCACCACUUUCACCAGUUUUUCCCGACACUGGGGCAGCUAACCCAAAUCACUAGCUUUGGAUUGUCCUCGCCUGCGUGUACAUAGCAUUGAUCG